AUGUGGAUUCCGAAACUGCUCCCGGGCCUGCUGGCCACGCCGGCCUGGGCACAUGCGUACGACGACACCGAUAUUCUCAUUGCCAAGCGCGACAACGGCGUGGCCACCGGUGGCUCCUGCGGCACCCAAGCCAACAACGCCGUAUGUGCAGCCGGCCUCUGUUGUUCCGCCGCCGGCGUCUGCGGCACGGGCGGCGCCUUUUGCACGGCACCCGCCUGCCAGAUCUCGGCGGGUCCUGCGUGUGACGGCAACCAGACGCCCAAGGGCGCCGACACCAGCAAGGUCCCGCGGCCCCUCAUCGGCAGCAUUCCCUACGGCAUCGACAUUAGCCACUGCACUGUCAACGGCAAAGUGGCCAUCACGUUCGACGACGGACCGUACCUGUACACGGGCGCCCUGCUCGACAUUCUCAAGAACAACAAUGUCACGGCGACGUUUUUCGUCGUCGGCAACAACGGCGCCAAGGGCAUGAUCAACGAUCCGACGACAGGGUACCCGGCCAUUCUGCGGCGCAUGGUGGCCGACGGUCACCAGAUUGGCAGCCACACCUGGAGCCACCAAGACCUGAGCGCGGUGACGGCCGCGCAGCGCAAAGACCAAAUCGUCAAGAAUGAGGUGGCCAUUGCCGACGUCCUCGGCGUCUUCCCAACCUACCUGCGGCCGCCGUACACACGAUGGAACCAGGACGCCCUCGACGAUCUCAAGACGUACGGCUACCACGUCCUCAACUACGACAUCGACACCCGCGACUGGCAGGGCGACUACACCGUGGCCGAGAACAUUUUCCAGACCAUCCUGUCCCAGCACAGCCCGGCCUCGUCCUCCUGGAUCUCCCUCGAGCACGACAUCUACAACACCACCGUCCACGUCUUUGCCCAGUACAUUAUCGACCAGGCCCGCAAGCUCGGCUACCAGCUCGUGACGGUCGGCGAGUGCCUGGCCGAUCCGCCGAGCAACUGGUACCGGAACGCCACGACGGGACAGCCGGCGCAUCCAGUCGCCGGUGGUCUAGCAAACAACAGCUGCUUCGCCGACAACCGCAACAGGCAGUUUGCCGUCGGCCAUUGCAGCCGGCAGCAACGGGAACGGCAGUGGAAAGACAACGACAAAGACGAGUACAGCAGCGACAACGGGCGCGGCUGUGACAGCGACAUCCUCGCCAACAGCGACAAAAUCGGAUAG